AUGGAAGAUAUACCAAAUCAUUAUAAGAGAUAUUAUGUGUCUCAUAAGAAAAUAAAAAGGAUAAUUUUAAAUAUGGGGAAAAAGUACAAAAAAAAACUCGAAAAGGGUCUAAUGCAAAAUACUGUUAAACACGCGGACAAACAGAGAAUAAAAAUGUUGCCUCCUUUUUUAUAUAACGAUAUAAUUAGCCACGAAAUAAAAAAGGUAAACAAAUUUUCGGAAAAUAAAUAUAAUGAAAUUAUAAAAAAUUUAGUUGAGGUAUAUAAAGAAUUGAAAAAAAUAAAAUGUAAUAGUGAAUUGUUGAAAAAUAAAAAAGAUAUUGAAAAGAUUUUAGACUUAAUAGGAUGUGAUAUAAUUCAUUUUGAUUUUUAUAUCCAAAAAAAUUUUAAAAUAAUUAUGAAAUUAGUUUUUUUUUUUGAUAAAAUAAUGAAUAUAUCUAUAAAUCAAUGGGUAUUAUUAAGUCUAAUAAAAGAAAAAUUUUGUAAUAUAAAUAUUGAAAAUUUGAUAGUUUAUUUAUCCUUCUUAUAUUCUUCUCUUCGCUUAAUAAAUAAUAAUGAAGUCAAUAAUAAAGAUAAAAAUAAUCAAAUAGAUAAUAACCAAAAUAAAAAUAAUGAAACAUGGAUUCCUCCUGAUACUUUUGAAAGAACAUCAAAUAAAUUUUUGGUCAAAUUAGAUCAUAUUAUAUAUACAAAAGUAAAAAUAGUAAAACAUUUACCAUAUUUAAUAUUUGGAUUAAAUAAUGAUGAUAUUGAACAGCAUUUUAUCAGCUUAAUAGAGAAAGAAGAAAUAAAAAAAAAAAAAAAAAAAAAAAAAAAAAACGAAAAAAACGAAAAAAACGAAAAAACCGAAAAAACCGAAAUAAACGAAAUAAACGAAAUAAACGAAAUAAACGAAAAAAACGAAAAAAACGAAAAAAACGAAAAGAUUGAAAAACGGAAUACACACCAAACUAAUGAGAUAAAUGCGAAUUUACCAAUUUCCAACAAAACAAAUGAUGAAGAAAAUAAAGAUAUAUCAAAUGAAAAAAAGUUUAAAAAAAAUCUAAAAGAGUCACAACAAAUAACAUCAGUAUAUUUUGAUAAUAAAGAUGCUACAUGUUUUUCAAAACGAAUUUUAAGAUAUGAAAAUGCACAACUUAUUAGAUUCAGAUGGUAUAAUGAUAAUGAAUAUGAUCAUAAUAAAAUAAUUUUUAUUGAGAGAAAAAUACAUCAUGAAGAAUGGACGGGAGAAAAUUCAACAAAAGAAAGAUUUGAAUUAGAACAAAAAUAUGUAUUAAAAUAUAUGAACGGAGAAUUAAAUAUAAGAGAUUAUUUUAUAAAAAAAUUGAAUAAAAAAAAAAAAGAACUUUAUAAAAUAGGAAAUAAAAAAAGUUGUAUUACUGAACAAGUUAAUUGUGUGGAUGAAAAAAAAAUAAAAAAUUUAGAAAAAAAAACAAAAAAAAAUAUUAAAUUAGCAAAUGAAAUACAACAAAUUAUAUUAAAUAAUAAUCUAGAACCAAUAAUAAGAACCUCUUAUUUAAGAUCUGCAUUUCAACAGAGUACUGACAAUACUAUAAGAAUAUCAAUAGAUACAAAUAUUUCGAUGUUAAAUGAAUAUAUUAAAAAAAGAGAAUAUUGGUGUAGAUUAUCUGAAGAAAUUUUAGGAAAAAAUGAAGUAAUUCGUCUUAAUUAUGGAAUUAUAGAAGUUAAAUUAAAAGUUAAUAAAAUACCUGAAUGGAUUACAAAUAUAUUAAAUAGUAAUGAAUCAAUAAAUUUAUAUAAAUAUUCAAAAUAUCAAACAGCUAUGGCUUUAUUACAUUCUGAAAAAAUAAAAUAUAUACCAAUAUGGGUAUAUGAAAAUAUACAUGAACGAUUUGAAUCGAAAAGUAAUUUUAGUGACCUUACUAUAAAAGAUUCACAUGGUCACAUUAGUGAUUUUGAAAAAAUUGGGAAUAAUAUGAAUCAAUACUCAAAUAAAUAUCUUUAUCCAACAAAUGGUUAUACAACAGAUUUAAAUAUGUCUGCAUAUAAUACAUUGGAUAAAAUGGAUGAAUUAGAAAAAACAUUUUAUUGGAUAAAUAAUAAAUAUAAUAAACAUUUUAAAGAAAACGAAAAAAUAAAUUUAUUAAAAAUUGACCCUAAAGUAAAUUUUGCUGCAGAAAGGACAUUUCUUCAUUAUGCUAUUGUAUCUGUGUACAUAACUUUAUUGGCUCUAUUUUUAGAUCGAUAUAAAAAUAAUAAUACUAAUAUAUAUCUUGUUAUUAUUUUGCUACUAAUCACUGCAUUCUCUUCACUAAUAUCAUCGUAUUUUUUUUUUUUAAAGAGAAACAGUAUAAUUCAAAAGCGGAAAACUGGGGAAUCCAACACAAAGCAUCUACGAUUCGACAGCUUUUAUAGCCCAUUAAUUUUAUUAGUGCUGCUUUUGUUUUCAAUUGUUUUAUCAAUUUAUUUUAAUUUUAAUUUCAAAGCUAAACCGUUGAUUUGA